AUGGAGUUGUUUGAUGCCAUUGUACGGGGCUUUAAGGGUCUGUUCCUGAUAGCUAUUGCGUUGAUCGUAUUUGGUACCAUCCUACUUUUAUUUAUUUAUUUCGUUCGCCGCGUUAUACGGGGCUCAUUUUCUCAGGACAAAUAUCUUGGGCUGAGCUCGGAGACGUUUGAUCUUAGCGCCAAUAUCGAGAAUGACAAUCGAAGUGGUCUCGACAACAGAUCCAAAUUCAAAGUUCUUUUGUUGAUGCUGUGGUAUGGUGAGAGUUUUGAUGAGGCACGUACUCGGUACGUUCAACGCGCGUUUUCUUCAAACAACAUCGCUCCUGAUGGCCGACCGCGCGAUCCCAAAGCAGUAUUUUUUGCGUGA